CAGUGUCACGGGCGUUGCUAUUGGCGGGAAGGCGACGGCCUGCAGGUUAGGCAGACGCGCCGCCGGGGAGCGGGGUGAGGGAGCUAUUGUUGCUUGGAUUGCUGAGAAGAAGAGCCGGCAGAUACCGGGGCCUCGCUGCUCAGGCCCAGUGGCAGCCAUGAGCGGCGGCGUGUAUGGGGGAGAUGAAGUUGGGGCUCUUGUAUUUGACAUUGGCUCGUAUACAGUGAGAGCAGGCUAUGCGGGUGAAGAUUGUCCAAAGGUUGAUUUUCCAACAGCCAUUGGUGUGGUGUUAGAAAGGGACAAUGGCAGUACUCUGAUGGAGAUAGAUGGUGACAAAGGCAAACAAGGUGGCCCAACUUACUACAUAGACACCAAUGCCCUGAGAGUUCCAAGGGAAAAUAUGGAGGCAAUUUCACCUUUAAAAAAUGGAAUGAUUGAAGACUGGGAUAGUUUCCAGGCAAUUUUGGAUCACACUUACAAGAUGCAUAUUAAAUCUGAAGCAAGCCUGCAUCCUGUCCUUAUGUCCGAAGCACCAUGGAAUACUAGAGCAAAGCGUGAAAAACUGACUGAAUUGAUGUUUGAACACUACAACAUCCCUGCUUUUUUCCUGUGUAAAACUGCUGUUCUAACAGCUUUUGCUAAUGGGAGAUCUACAGGUCUCAUUUUGGAUAGUGGAGCAACACACACCACUGCUAUUCCAGUGCAUGAUGGAUAUGUACUUCAGCAAGGUAUUGUGAAGUCACCACUUGCGGGAGACUUUAUAACUAUGCAAUGCCGAGAAUUGUUUCAAGAAAUGAACAUAGAGAUAAUUCCUCCAUAUAUGAUUGCUUCAAAGGAGGCAGUUCGUGAGGGGUCACCAGCAAACUGGAAGAGAAAAGAGAAGUUACCCCAGGUCACUAGGUCUUGGCACAACUACAUGUGUAAUUGUGUCAUUCAGGACUUCCAGGCUUCCGUCCUCCAAGUAUCAGAUUCAACGUAUGAUGAACAGGUAGCAGCGCAGAUGCCGACAGUUCAUUAUGAGUUUCCUAAUGGCUAUAACUGUGACUUCGGUGCUGAGCGUCUAAAAAUCCCUGAGGGAUUGUUUGACCCUUCUAAUGUAAAGGGUUUAUCUGGUAACACAAUGUUGGGCGUGAGCCACGUUGUCACAACAAGCGUUGGUAUGUGUGAUAUAGACAUCAGGCCGGGCCUCUAUGGCAGCGUGAUUGUAGCAGGAGGAAACACUCUAAUACAGAGUUUCACAGACAGAUUGAACAGAGAGCUGUCCCAGAAAACUCCACCGAGCAUGCGUCUGAAGUUGAUAGCAAACAACACAACAGUGGAGCGAAGGUUCAGCUCAUGGAUUGGUGGUUCGAUUUUGGCUUCUUUGGGUACUUUUCAACAGAUGUGGAUUUCUAAACAAGAAUAUGAAGAAGGAGGGAAACAGUGUGUAGAAAGAAAAUGUCCUUAAAUCUCUUACUGUGAAAACUGCUGCCUGCUCAGUGCUCCUUCUGUUUUAUAGCUUUAGCAUACUCAGGAAUGGGAUGGACUUUUUUUGUAGAAAGUUUAUAUUGGAUUUUUUGCAUAAUUCAAGUUCCAUUUUAACAAACCUUAGAAAUUUUGAGACCUAAUUGGUAUUAUCAUAGAAAAAGGAUGUUUACAUCCCUUGUAAAGCAAUAAUUUACAUAACAAGCAUUUUAUAAUUUUGUAUAAAUGACUAUUUUCUCUAGCAUCUUUUCCUGGGAACAGCUUUACAGGUUAGCUGAUAGAGGCAUAACCUUGCAAAUACCUGUGCAAAUCUAUUAAAAAUCUCUUGUCUACUUUCACAUACUGGUCUUCCUUGCUGGUACUUUGGCCUUAAAUUGCUCUUGUUUCUCUCUCCAGAAAUAAAAUUUGGUCUUUUAUAUUUGA